CUCUCUCACACAGACUCACACAAGCCGGCGGGAGCCAAAGGAGAAGACAAGUGGACACAAGAGCUUUCCUAUUCUUGCCAGUCUUCCUCUUCAGCUUUCCUGAUCUCACUUUCGUGCUGAGAGGUUCUACACCUGUCCUCCUCCUCCUUUCCUCUAAAGGUGCUCUCCUCCACCGUCAUGUCAGAUGAGGAGUGCCGUUCCCCCAUCGGUCUGGACUGCUGCAGCUGCUGUCUGGACCUGGCCAGUGGGUGCGACACGAUGCAGAACCGGGCCGGCCACGGCCACCUUGGAAGCCCCACUGUCAGCCACUUCCGCCAGCUCCGGGACCAGCUGGUCUUCCAGAACCUGAACACUGACAAGCUCAACAACAUCAUGAGGCAGGACUCCCUAGAGUCAGUGGUGAGGGACCCCUGCUUCCUGCUCAACGAAGGCAUCUGCAACAGCAACGACCAGACCAUGUUGUCCAUCCUGCUCUACUUCCACAGUGCCUCUGGUGCUAGCGUUGUGGCCAUUGACAACAAGAUCGAACAGGCAAUGGAUCUGGUCAAGAACCACCUUAUGUAUGCCGUGCGUGAGGAGGUUGAGAUCCUCAAGGAGCAGAUCAAGGAGCUGGCAGAGAAGAACAACCAGCUGGAGAGGGAGAACAGCCUGCUGAAGAACCUGGCCAGCCCCGAGCAGAUGGAAAAGUUCCAGUCCCGCGUCCCCUCCGACAGCCUGCUAGCCCUCGACAACCAGCCAGUGGUGGGUGGAGGAGGAGGAGUGGGCUCACUGGGCCAUGAGCAGCCAUGCAUCAGUGCCGGCUCGGCUGUGUAAAUGGCUCUGGACUUGGGGCGUCGGAGCCUCCGCUCAAACCUGAAAAGGACCUUCCUAAGUUGUAAACGUCGCCGGUGGCCGCAUUUCUGAUGAAAGCCUGGCUGCCUGUUAAAGAUCGAUGAGACAUCCACCAAUGUAAUUGAAACAAAAGCACAAACUGACGCUCUGAGUGGGCGGCGCAAAGGCCAGCCCGCCAGUCUUGCGACAUCAGACUUUGUCUCUCGUUUUUUAUAAGACAAAAGCGCUAAGAGAGAGGGCUUACCCAGCCGGAGAGCGCUUGCUUUGGGACAGAGCGGUGUCCUUUCCUCCCUUACCUGCACCAGGAGGGGUCCAGCCUCGCCCUUUUAACACCCCCCUCCCGCUGUAGAGGGGGCAGAGGGCAGAGUGAUGGAGCUGGCCCCAGGAAGAGGGGAGGGGAGUGACCCAAGCUGACAAGAGGGGUGUCUGAUAUGCACUUUCUCAGCCUCUCCAUCGUCAUAGGUCAAGCCAAGGACAAAGGAACUUCUUUGAGACGUCCCUCCAGUCUCACCAAGAGCCCCACGUGGAUGUUUUUUGUCCAUAUCUCUAUACAAGCUCAGUGGAGUCACUAAACUGUUCAUCUUUAUAUGACUGUACCCAUAUCUACACUUAGUGUAUUCACAUGUCCAUUAUUCCUUUAGCAAAAGAAUCAAGAGGACAACCUAAACUCCUUUGGGGUGGAGGUGUUGGAGUUGACUGUUGUAAGAGGGGUGUCGAUGCUCUCAGCCUAGCUGCCUAGCUGCUGAUUGCCACAAUGAUUCAGUCAUAAGCAUUGCUUAUAUUCUCUGCAGUUGGGGUUUGCUGCUUAUGGGGGAAGAAAGUCCUGCUAUUUUCUUUGUUUAUGUUUUGUGAUUCUGGCAAAAUCAAAACGUAUCAUUAAUAAGAGCAAUGUAUACUGUCAGGUAACAGAUGAUUACUAUAGGGGCGUGGACAUAUCUGGCCCCUUUGCCUAGUUUUGUAAAUGACUGUGUAUAAAGUUGAAGCGUUCAAGACUAGCAGCAAUUACAGGAGAUGAGUGGUGUCUGGCGUGUGUUAGUUUUAUCUCGCCUCACACACACUCCUGACUUUAGCAGAUGUAUUGGUUCUAUUAUGUUUGGAUGCCAACUUGAAACAACGGCAUGACAACAGUGCCUACUGUCUCCUGAUUUCAAAGGAACACACACUUCCCCAAACUAACUUGUUUUCUACCUACCAAAGACUUGCCUCGUCAUACUCACAAACCAAGUGUCCCAGGACCAUGUGUACAAGCUCACAGGGAGAAACAGGUAUCGUAAGAGGUUCAUUUUUUUGUAACAAUUUGUAACGUGGGGUUUUGUUGCUGUAUUGUGUCCAUGGAACUGCUAUUCACAAUGUAUGGAUACAAAAUGCACAUUGCAAUAAACCUCAUGUUUACAUU